UACAUGUGGAACAGAAACACUAGUUCAGUAUUAUUUCCCCAUAUCUAUUUAGGGAACUGUUGUAAUUCCAUUACUGUGAUAUUUCGUUCUGUUACAAACAGAUGACAUUCAUACUGUAAGUAAAGUUAUUGGACAGCUUUCAAAAUGAUUUGGGAUAUUAAUUUAAUAAUUCUGUUUUUUGCAGUUGGAGACGUUCUGCUGAUUUCGACAGAACAACUCCAUACAGCGAUACUUCAAAUUACGAAACCAUCUGUAGUGGAAGGGGAGACCGUUGAGUUCAGAUGUGUGAUAACAGCUGCGCAUGGAGAACAACCAAACAAGGAGAGGAAUUGGUUCCAUUUAUAUAAAAACAGAGAGAAGGUCAGCUCACUGCCAGAUCGAGGAAUAGCAGCUGUCACAUUUGUAAAAGAAGACAUCAGGAAGAAUGGCACUGGAAACUAUACCUGCAUGUAUGGAAAUCAGAAUCCAGGAGAUGUGAAAAACAUCAGCCAUGGUCCUCCGAUUUACCUGAAUGUACAAGAGUCACAGCAUUCACUCAUGCUUCAGCUAGACAAAGAGUGUGCAAUGGAAGGAAUGGACAUAUCAUUUAAAUGUAUGAUACCAGUUGAACUCAAAGAUGCAAUACAGAAAGAUGGGUUUUUCCAUCUAUAUAAAAAUGGAAGCAUUGUCGACUCACAACCCGUUCCCAAAGGCUUACCAGCUGUCACGUUUUCCAUUAAAAAAGUGAAUAGGAGUGAUACUGGAAACUACACCUGUGUGUAUGGAAAAGAGACGAUUGUAAACUCAGCAAACAACAAACGCAGUCGCCCAGUCUACCUUGAUGUGACAGAAUGCUUAAGUCCAACCACAACCUGCAAGACCCAACAAAACAAUUCAACAGGAUCUGUUCUAUCUCUGUACCUGGGUGCCGGGGUGGGAUCUGGUAUCCUUGUGCUGCUGCUACUGCUGAUCGGAGGGCUUCUGAAGUGUCAGCAAUCCAAACGAGAUCCUGCUGUCCAGAUUGUACCUGUGUACAGCAGGGUGGUAAGACCCUGUGACAGACCCAGAGGCAAAAUGAAGUCUAACCAGCCUCUAAACCCAGAGGACGACACACUCACCUACUCAGAAAUAAACACUGCUCGUGUCACCAAGAAGAAACCCAGAUCUGCACCUGAUGAAGCCAAUGUAACAUAUUCAACAAUUAAAACUUCCACACACUGAAAACCACUGGGGAAAAAAGGCUUGAAUGUUGUUUUUUAAAAAAAUACCUAAAUAGUCAAUAAAUGUAAAUGGUCUUUCCCUUUUUAUCUGAGUACUCUGCUUUCAUACCUACCAGAAUGAUCAUGAGUCAGUAGUCAUAAGGUACACAGGUACUCCAUUUGUGCUACUCUGGGUCUGUGGAAUCAGCAAAAUGUCUGAGCUAGGGUCACUUCAGCAUGGCUCUGGAUGCAUUUAACUUCAUUGUUAUAAAGUGCACAAUACGUAUUUGUGUGGUUGUGUCUAUUGUCUAUUACAGUAUAUCAACUCAGUUUUUUUUUUUUUCAUACGGGCAACCAGAAACUGACAUGUUUUGUAUUGAUGAUCUUUAAUCAUUUCUGUUUUACCAUAUUUGCUCGAGUAUAAGUCGAGAAAUUUAACCCCAAAACACAAUCCUAAAGUUGGGGGUUGGGGGGUUGACUAAUACACGAACAUACAUCUAUUGUUAAACCCACUUAUGUCAGAAAACCCUGGCUGUACUUGGCAGGAUUUAGGACCCAGGUGGAGCCCUGUGGCAGGCAUGCAUUCAGUGCUCGAGGCAAGUUCACAUACAGUACUUGGCCACGCACCUGCACCCCCCCCCCCCCCCCUCUACACUCCCGAUUUUUAUAUUUUCAAAAUUUGACAGGUAUGUAAUAAUAAUAAUAAUAAUAAUAAUAGCAUUACCUUUUCUAAUGUGUGACCCUGCAGCAUAGUGCUUCUGUGGGAAACAGCAGCACCUCCAUUGUUGUGGGCAAAUUCUUGUUGUCCUCGUUGCCAGAGCAAAUGCUUCUGAUUUCUCUCAAAUCAAAAUGCAAACAUUUCAAGAUUUGGCAAAAAUGAUUCUGUGACAUGAUUGUAUCCAAUAGUUUGCCUUUCAUUUUGAUAUUGAUGUUGUUUAAAAUGUAGUGUCAUUCUGCUGCCGGUGGUUGCAGGUAUAAGUAUAACCGCAGCGGUUCUAGAUUAGGCUAAUCCUUUGGGGGAAAGAAAUGUAUACCACAAUCUCGCCCUCACAAUGGGGGGAUCGACUUUUACACAAGGUCGACUUUUACUUCAACAAAUACCGUAAAUACUGUGGUUCACUUGAGCAAGGUUUUCUGUCAUUCUUGUCACCUCGCCACGCAUGCUAAAAUUAAACACUGUAUAUGCCUUGCUCAGUGAGGCUGUGAGUAGCAUUGGCUUUCUGAUUUGUAUGUCUAAUGUCUAAAAUUAAUUCAUUUCUGUUUGUAACUUCAUAUUAGUCAUAUCUAUUUCACCUCAGCCACGCCCUUCUGGCUUUGUGCUUUGAGUCAGGGGUGCUGAAGCCAGCUUCUGGUUUAGUUGCUAUGUGCUUAGCUGCAUGUAUUGCAUGUACCUAACUGUUGUUAUGUUUGCUUAUCUUAGCCGUCUGCCCUUCAAACUCUAACAAAGUCCUGGAGGUCAUUGUCACAAAGUGACAAAGGAUUAUUGUAGACAAAAGAAUGGAAAAUGAGUAGUACUAGCCAUACAUUUCUGUAGUUUUUGUAGUUUGAUGUUCCUGUUUCAAUAUAAUUGUACAUGUUUCAGUUCAAUCUGUUCGUGUUUCAAUAUCCUUCUACAUGUUCCAGUUCAAUCUGUUCCUGUUUCAAUAUCCUUCUACAUGUUCCUGUAGACACGUUAAUUUGCUGGUAUACCAUCAACUUGAAGUUUAGCCAAGCCAGUUAAGAUGGCACCCUUUCUGGAAGUAGUUCAGAAAUCACCUGUGGCACUAAUGGCUCUUGACCCUCACCCUAGCCAAAGGCUGAUGGAAAUACAGUGCAUGGAGUCGGGACCGGACAGACGCCAUGCAAUAAUACAGAGUAUGCAAUUACCUGAAGUUAUACUGAUGUUAGUUCAUAACUAUAUUUAAAACAAACUAACAGUAUAUAUUUAUUACUUCAUGACUUUAUAACUAUUGGUACCAAUAGCAUACUUCCACUACUGCUUUCUGUGUUGUUUUCUGCCUGGAUUGCUGCUUUUCCAUCAUUCAUCAAUAAUUUUCUCCUUUUUCAAAACUAAAUUAAUGGUUUUAUGUGCCAGGAUUUUAUCACCGGGAUUUGUAGUUUUCCUUUCUGAGUUAAAAAAAAAUGCUUCUGAUGAUUUGAAAUGAAAAGCACUGAGAAUCUAGACUCCUGUCUUCAGGGAUUAGAACUGUAGUCUUACUGUAGUAAACUGUAGAUUUAUCUUGCAGAUGAAUCCUAAUUCAUGUAUUACCUGCUAGUUACUCUGUGUGAGUUAAUGGCGCUUAUACGAUAAACCAAUGCAGUUUACAUCAGCUAAACAAUCAGAUCUGCUAUUGUACAAAGCAUGAAUCUUACUUCAUGAUUUUAAUAUGAUUUGUGUAACUUUCUAAUAAA